UCCUUCUGUCGCAUGACUUUGACGUAACAACGCGCAGACGCUUUCCCGGAAGCGGACGACGCUGCAGCUGGAGAGCUCAAAACAUGACGCCCAAACAGCGACUUUCAGGCGUUGCGGCGGCAUUUACCUCUUUGGUUUUCCUCCAGACGAUCCCCCCCGUGGCGGCGUAUGAUGCCGGUGACGCGUUGGCUCUGUUGCUGGGAACUGUCAUCGCCAUGGUGGGCUUCUGCGCCUGCCUGGGCUGGUACGCGCGGAAGCGGAACAGACUGCUGCAGUGAGGAGGAACGAGGCGCCCUUUCCCGUCUCGUGACUCGACAACACAUUGCUGUGCAUACCUCAUACAAACAUAUGACUAUUUGCACUCGUUUGCGGUUGUUGCAGUCUUGGAUGAAAUUGACCGAUAAAUUCAUGAUCAGGAGCGUGCGUCGGCUGCGUCCUGACGUUGAAGAAGAAGCGGAAGUCGGGAAGAAGGACCAAAGAGCAAGUUGCACUGCUGGCAAAAAAAGGACUCAACACUGUCGUUGCCUCGAUCUAAAUACUUGUAUUAUGCUCAAAAUGCUUAUUUGAAUGUAUUUUUGCAUCUUCGUUGGCAAAUGUGAAAGACAAGCUAUCGAUCGCCAAACCUGUUAAAAUAAAAGCAUUUAAACCAUGA